AUGUUUGAGCAUUCGCUCAACAAAUUCGAUGACUCCAAGGAACGUUUGGCGGCUGGAAAGCAAACGUUUCUGUUGGUGAUCAACACAUAUGUCCAGGCGGGCCAACGCAUCGAGGCCUGUUUACCCGCCUUCCCCUUCAAGUCGGCCAACAAGGUCUACAAGGUGCUUGGAUCUCUUCCAGACAAAGCGGAAGAGCUAGCGCUCGAGCGACUCAACAACAUGUGUGCGAGGAUAAAGCAGAUUUAUAAGCCUGGAGCAAGGGUAACGAUUGUUUCAGAUGGAAUCACAUACAAUGAUCUAUUUUCGAUCUCGGAUCGCGAGACCUGGGCUUAUGGUGAGGCUUUACGUGAAAUGGCUAUCGACAAGAAGUUCACAUACAUUGCCUUUUCGCGCAUGAGGGAUAUACUCAACUUCCUGCUGCCCGAAAAGAUGCGAGAAAUCACUUAUGUUGCGAAUUGCACAAACUUCAGGCGCUUGCUCCUGAACAAGUACGGAAAGCCUGAUAUGAACGUCGAAAAAGGGAUUAUGGACAACCCGGACACCAAGUUGACUUAUCUUGGUUAUCGGAAAUUUCUGGAAUCGGAUCUGAGAUACAUAUUCAACACUGGGGAUAAUGUCGGUCGAAACCAGUACAAACGGGAUGUCAAGUACCUCGCGAAGCAGAUGCUCAUCAGGGGUUAUGCGUUCGCUGGAGCGGUAAAAGAUGCGUUUCCAAACUACCUCAGAUUGUCAAUCCAUGAAUCUAUUGGAGAACAUAAAAUAUCAAUAAGCCUUUUGAACACGAAGACGGGCUAUACCACUCCAUGGCACUGCAGUGUGGCCCAGCUAGCUAAUGGAGAGUGGGUCAGCGCUCCAAAGGGUGAGUUUGAGCAGGACUCUCGUCUCGAGCUCAUCUACGAGAAUGGCCGCCCCAGCUACUUCAAGGAAAAGCCACAAACAGCGGGUAUGCCCGGCAUAAGCGAGAAGAAUGCGAGCUACCUCAAGGCUGCUAAGUGUUUCAACAGCACAGAGAAUGGAUACUCCUCGCCAAGCUCGACGUCACAGGGAAGCGGCUCCUUUAGUCCAGUCUCAUCGCUUGAACGUUCGUUAACAAAUUCAUCAUCUGGAAAUGAAGAUUCAGUGGGGCCUCGUUCAGUUACGCCCAUCAGUGAGCCAGACGAACCAUCUUAUGGUCGACGACUCAUUCCUCAAAUCAUGGACCAAUUGGCAGCAACGCAUCCUGAUCAGAUCGUCUUUUCCCUUACAAGCACUGUGGGCGACAAACUGGAAUUUAAAGAAAUAUCCGCGAGAGCGUUUAAGAACGCCGUCGACAAGACGGCUUGGUGGCUCUACAAGCAGGUCGGGCCGUCGUCUAUAGUGCAGCCAGUUGGCUACAUCGGGCCACACGAUCUCCGCCAUAUCUUGCUUACCCAUGCUUGCGCCAAAGUCGGGUAUGCUGUACUAAACUUAUCGCCUAAGAACAGCAUCAAAGGAGCCUUGGCUGUGCUAGAGGCAACCCAGUGCAAUAUCUGGGCCAAAGCAAGUGAAUUAAACGCGGUACCUCUCGUAGAAGGCUUCCUACAGCAACGCACCAUGAAACUAUUGCAAGUCCCCCUGCUUGAGAAUCUCUUGGACGGACAGAAUACCCAGCCAUUCCCAUACACAAAAACCUUCGAACAGGCUGCUAACGAGCCUUUCUGUUACCUCCAUACUUCGGGCUCGACAGGCGUCCCCAAGCCCAUUCCAUGGACACAUGCACUCAUUGGGACAAUGGACGCAGUCCGCUUGCUACCCCCUGUCGAUGGCAUGCUUCCUUGGUCUCACGACUGGAAAGAAGGCGACGUAAUCUAUUCUUCUUUCCCAAUGUGCCAUGGCGCCGGCAUCAUCAUGGAUAUUCUCAUGCCCGCACUUCACCGUCUUCAUUGUGUGCUAGGGCCACCCAAUGUCAUCCCUAACAAUUCACUGAUUGAAAAGCUCGUUGGCCGUUCAAAAAUCAACAUAUGGAGCAUGGUCCCUUCUCUAGCCGAUGAGCUGGGAGAAGCGCCCGACGUGUUGGCAAAGUUUCAGUCGCCCCCGAACAAGUUCAUUGUUGCAUCUGGCGGCCCCGUCAACCCCACAAGUACCGGCAAAGUCAAUGACGUGAUUAGGGUUCUCAACCUAACUGGCACGACUGAGGGCCUUUUCAUCGGCAACCUUGUUGUAGAAAGGGAGGAUUGGUUUUGGUUUGCCUUCCACCCUUACUCUGGAUUCGAAUUCAAACAAGUGGAGCCAGGGCUGUUCGAGCACUGGGUGCACCGCAACGAGCACGCAUCGCUGUUCCAGGGCAUCUUUCACACUUUCCCCGACAAGGAUUCUAUCAACUUCAAAGACCUGUACCGGAGACAUCCUACGAAACCCAAUCUAUGGGCCUUUAGUGGUCGCAAUGAUGAUCUGAUUGUUCUGUCCAAUGGCUACAAGAUCUUUCCGCAGGAGAUCGAGGGGGCCAUAUCUGCGCACCCAGCGAUCGACGGGUGUUUGAUUGUAGGCAGCAAAAAGCCUCAAGCAGGCCUUCUCGUCGAGCUGAAAGAUCCUCUGACGAAGACCGACGAGAUAAUCGAUAGCAUAUGGUCGAAGAUUCAGGAGGCCAUGUCAUCGUCGCAACAUUCAGCCAAGAUUUCACGGGACUACGUCGUAUUUACUCAGCCAGGCAAGCCUUUUGUUCGUACGGAUAAAAGAACAAUUAAACGGAAAGACACUUUAUCGCUUUAUGAAGAUUACAUCGAACGCCUGUAUAGCUUGCAGAGCAACGAAACUUCCUUCAAGGUCGAUACUAGUUGCACAUCUGCCUUGCAGCAGUCUGUACGAGAAAUUCUUGCUUCGUCCCUUUCCUCCUUCUCGGCCGCGUCGGCAGACGGGGAUUUCUUUGAGCUGGGCCUCGAUUCACUCGGAGUAUCGGCUUUGGUCAAAGAUAUACGAGCAGCCACCCAUCUCGAGCAACUCGCCCCUCGUCAUGUCUAUGCCAACCCUACUCUAACAAAAUUCACGGCCGUGCUGAAGUCAAUGAUUAGUGAAACUAGGAACGCUCAAACCCCCAAAGCGCGAGCUGGAGGCCCAGAGGAAACAUUGCAACAAAUGCUUGUGAAGCACCGAGCACACCAGUCCUUCCGGCUGAAUCCUUUCGACCUCGUCCGGCCAAAUCACUACUCUGGGCUCAUGUUUUACUUCCCGCUGAACCCAGACGUGCGAUUCGAGCGGGUCUUUGCAAACAUGCAAGCAGGCCUCGACCGGACUCUGGAACUCAUACCAGCGCUGGGAGGCAAAAUGAUGGAAUGCUCCAAGGACGAAGCCGGAUACAAAAGUGGUGACAUGUUCGUUUCCGUGCCACGAUUCGGCAACCCAAGACGCGGAAUUCUAGUCUUCAACGACGUGAGCAACGAGCUUCCAUCGUUUGAGGCACUUAGAGAAAGCAGAUUCCCGAUAUCAGCAUUCAAAGAGUCACAAGCGCUACGUCAAGACCCGUUCCCACAACUACCAGCCGACAUAAUUCGUGCGCAAGCCAAUUUCCUCAAAGGCGGCUGUAUUCUGGCUGUUGACUUCCACCACAGCUGUCUCGAUGGUGCAGGCAUCAUGAUCGGAAUCAAAGCAUGGGCCGAGAACUGUAGAAUGAUCCAAGGAGACACCUCAGCAUCCUGCGACUGGCUGCAUCCAGACAGCUUCAAUCAUAGCCUCCCCGAAGUCCUGCAUGAAAUGGAAGGGUACGCGCGGCCAGUCGAGGAGAUUGAUCCCAUGGUGUGGGAAUUCCUGCCAUAUGCACCGCCAAAAGACAUUCUUGCAAAGCAACUUGCCCACCGCAAGGAACCCGGCCCGUUGCCACUGCGCAUCCCAAUUCAUCCAUCGUUUCCCCCGCCUUUCGCCGAGCGCAAAAUGGACACGACGAUAUUCGCGAUUCCGGCUCACAAGGUACAACAGCUUCAGCAAUAUGUCGCCAGCACGUCGGAAGAAAACGGCGUCGUGCCCUCCAUCAGCGACAUCCUGCAAGCCUGGCUGUGGCGCUCAAUGCUGCGGGCACGAUUCCAAGUUGCAAAGGCGAACGGCCGGGACUUCAAAGCCGACGAGCAUUCCAUCUUCGAAACCGCAAUCGAGGGCCGUCCGUUGUUUUCGGAGCUGCUGCCCGCCACGUACAUGGGCGGUAUGCUCACCAUGGCCCGCACCAGCAUGCCGGUGGAGCAGCUUUGCAGCCCGCAAACAAGCAUCUUGCAACUUGCACGUAUGCUGCGUGCUAGUGCAGCGCGCAUGAAGCCGUCGGUGCUGCACGAUGCGUUUGCCUUGCUGCGCGCGCUGCCCGAUUAUUCCGAGUUCGUCAUGGCCAACAUGGGCAUCGACACGAUGAACCUGCUCAUCACGAACAUCAUGCUGUUCCAGCCGAACAGUAUCAGCUUUGGCACCCGCUACUUUGCGAACGGAGGCUCGCCGGAAAUGAUGCGGCCUCAGGCGGAGCGCGGCAACCGCACGUUUCGCUCCCUGGCUAUCCUUCCGUUGAAGGCGGAUGGCGCAGUCGAGUUUAUACUCGGCACAUACCCCGAAGAACGCGAGAUGCUUGCGCAGGAUGACGAGUUUGCGAGAUAUACUGAGCUGGUGGAUAUAGCGAGCCACUGA